UUGGAUUGCUGCUCUCCUUCCUUUUUUUUUUCUUCUUCUCUUAUAGCCCUUUCCUCCCCUAAUGGCUACCGAUGACCUGGAAUCCGAUAUUCUAGCCCCUCCUCAGUCUUAUAUAUCACCUCAAAUGCCUUCAAGGUUCAAAAGUUUAUUUAAGACUGGCUUGAAACCACCCGAACCAACACAUACAUUCACCGUCCCCAAUGACUUUGACCUACCACCGACUUUGGCCGACAAUAAAUCUUUCAAGAGUAACAGUUGGUUUUCUUCCACCGUCGCAGAUGCCAAUGACCCCAAAGCUAUUCGACGCGUAGCAUCCGCGCCUAAUGCCAAGAUGUUAUUAAUGCCAACACGAAAGCAAAAAGACCACCCAUUGAAAGAACAGUCUACGAAUAUGAAGCUUGGCAGCGCAACUCAACUGGACCACCCCUAUACCCAAAAAAAUGCUGCUUCAGCUUCUGUCCCAUCCUUUAAUGGCUCCACCCUCACUCAGAAACGCUUAAAGCCGGUCCGACGGACUUAUUCUACGGCCAGCAUCAAGGUGAAAAACGUACAAGUAGGCCCAUCCAGCUUUACCAAAGUAAGAAUGCUGGGUAAAGGCGACGUCGGUAAGGUCUAUCUUGUAAGACAGAAAUCAACCGACAAGUUGUUUGCUAUGAAAGUUUUGUCCAAGAAAGAGAUGAUUAAACGGAACAAGAUAAAACGUGCGCUGGCUGAGCAAGAAAUUCUAGCUACAUCUAAUCAUCCUUUCAUUGUGACGCUCUACCAUAGCUUUCAAAGUCAAGAUUACCUUUACUUCGUCAUGGAAUACUGUAUGGGAGGCGAAUUUUUUAGAGCGCUUCAACUUCGCCCAGGAAAAUGUCUAAAUGAAGAAGGUGCCAGAUUUUAUGCUGCAGAAGUAGUAGCUGCUCUAGAAUAUCUGCAUCUCAUGGGCUUCAUCUAUCGAGAUUUGAAGCCAGAAAAUAUCCUGUUGCAUCAAAGUGGCCAUAUCAUGCUGACAGAUUUUGAUCUGAGCAAAGGCUCUCACCCUCCCGGGAACCCAAGCGUGGUCAAGUCUAAUUCACCAAAUGUGCCACCAGCCAUUGAUACCCGUAAUUGCGUUACCAAUCUACGAACUAACAGUUUCGUUGGCACCGAAGAAUAUAUUGCUCCAGAAGUCAUCAAGGGCUGUGGACAUACAAGUGCUGUUGACUGGUGGACUCUUGGAAUUUUAAUUUAUGAAAUGAUGUAUGGUACUACCCCGUUCAAAGGCACCAACCGCAAUGAAACAUUUUCCAAGAUCCUAAAGCUUGAAGUCGAGUUCCCCGCUUGUCCACCACCAAAUCAUAAUCACGCCGUCUCUAAUCCUUGCCGAAGUCUGGUUAGAAAGCUGCUGCAUAAAGACGAACAUAAACGAUUAGGAUGUCGAGCAGGGGCAGCUGAUGUAAAACAACAAGCGUGGUUUAAGCCGAUCAACUGGGCGCUUCUUCGUCAUUGCGAGCCACCUAUCAUUCCUAUCAUCAAACAGCCAAAUGGCAUUGAUGCCGUCAAUUUCCGCAAGAUGGCAGAGAGUUUGAGCUUUGACCUGGACAAAGACAAUGCGAUCAAAACCGCUCCCAUACCCACGAACCCUUCUGACAGUGAUAAGAAUCCGUUUGAAAAAUUCAGUUCAGUCACGCUAUAUCACGAAGGCGACUCUGAUACCGAGAGUGAUACCGAAACCAUUGCAUUGUGACAACAUAUCCUUCUUUUGUCGCCUGCCCCACAUUAGAUUCGCACAUAUACACACAUACCCUACCACCCUUCGCACAUCAUGGAAACCCGCCGGAAAAUCCCCAAAAAAAAAAUUAUUAAACAACACACACACCUUUUUUUGCUAAACGAUAGGUCCCUUCACCAUACAGCAAGCGACUAUCACCAACUAAUGAUACCUUUUUUUCUUUUCGUCUUCUUUUUAAAUGUUUGCGUUUUGUUUUAUUCCUGUUUUCAUUUCUACUACCCUGGAGUGAUUUCACCUAUAUUAUCGCUCUGCAAGUUCUUUUCGGUUGGGUUGUCACCCACCAUUGUAUUUAUUGCCGUUUCUUUGCUUUACACUUUGACCAAAAAUGAAAAC